GCUGCCUCGCCUCCCGUGCGUGUCGCUCCCGCCCGCUCGCCCGCUCGCCCGCCCUCACGGAGCUAGUCGGCGCGUCCCGAGGCUUCGCGUGGAAUCGCCGCCGAAGCAGUGCUGUGUUUGCGUGCGGCGCAGGAUUGUGUGCACUAGAUGAGUGUGCACGCCAAAGGACUGUGUGAGCUAGAAGGUUGCGUGCGUCGAAGGAUUUCGUGUAUUAGAUGACAGCGUGCGAUAAAGGACUGUGCGAGCGAGAAGAUUGCGUGCACUAGAAUAUUAUCUGCGCCGAAGGAUUGCGUGCACUAGAUUUCGGCGUGUGCUAAGGGACUGAGGGAGUGAAAUUGCGUGCACAGGAGGAUUGCGUGCGUCUAGGGAUUGCGUGCGCCAAGGAGUCAUCGCAAGAAGCAGUGAGAUGGUGAUGAGGUAGCAGAAGGAGAGGGUGGUAACUCCUGCCGGACCACGCCACCACAGCCACGCCGUAAGGGACGCCGCAGCAGCGACGAGCGGCGCCCGCAGCCUCCCCGCAGUGCGCUGCCGCCGCCGCCACGUGCUCCGCCGCCGCCGCCGCCGCCGCGAUGACGACCGUGCCGAGGGGACCCGGCCUCUACGAGUUCCUCACGGAGGCCGAACUCCAGCACUACUACAAUAACUUUAAGAAUGACCUCAAGGUGCAAAAUGUCGGUCAGCUUAAAUUCGUGGCCGACGAGGACUUGCAGGCCAUGGGCAUGUCCCGACCCGAGGUGCGCAGACUCAAAAAGUACUUCCAUAAGUACUGUCCGCAGACUUAUCUUUCCAAAUUCAAGAAGAUCCUCUUAGCGAGGAAGGACGGCCAGGACAGCCACGAGGUGGUCGUGCCCGACGAGGCGGGCGACCGGCCCAGCGUGCGCGUCCCCAGCAAGCACAUCAUCCCCGCGGACGCGAUCGUCAUCAACAAGGAGCUGGGCGUGGGCGAGUUCGGGGUGGUGCAGCAGGGCGUCUGGACCAACGAGGAGGGCGAGAGGAUUCAGGUAGCUAUUAAAUGCCUCAGUAAGGAGAGGAUGCAGACCCAGCCGAUGGAGUUCCUGAAGGAGGCAGCCAUCAUGCAUACCAUAGACUCCGAGCAUAUUGUGAGACUGUAUGGUGUUGUGCUGGACACAAAUGCCCUAAUGCUGGUAACAGAACUGGCUCCUCUUCGGUCUCUGCUCGAGUGCAUCAAGGAACCCUCACUGAGAGUGAGUUUCCCCGUCACGUCACUCUGCCACUUCUCCAUACAGAUUUGCGAUGGCAUGUCAUACCUUGAGGGCAAGAGACUUAUUCACAGAGAUUUAGCUGCAAGAAAUAUCUUGGUGUUUUCCAAAAACAAGAUCAAGAUAUCAGACUUUGGUCUAUCAAGAGCUUUAGGUGUUGGAAAAGAUUAUUACCAAACAAAUUUUAAUGUUAAUUUGAAACUCCCAAUUGCAUGGUGUGCUCCAGAAUGUAUAAAUUACUUAAGAUUCACAUCUGCCUCGGACGUGUGGGCCUUUGGAGUAACUCUGUGGGAAAUGUUCAGCUAUGGCUUCCAGCCCUGGGCUGCACUUACAGGACAGCAGAUACUAGAAGCUAUUGACGAGCCAAACUUCCAACGUCUUGAACAACCUGAAGCUUGUCCCAAAGAAUAUUACACCAUAAUGCUCAAGUGCUGGCAACAUGACCCUGCAAAGAGACCCAAGUUUGCAGAUCUUAUGGACAUCUUGCCUGAUUGCAAGCCAGAGCAAGUCCAGGUAGUGCGGGAUUGUGAGGACCCUCCGACCACACCUGGAGGCAAGAGGGACCGACUGCAGUACUCUGUUGGAGAUGUCAUCACUGUCUUAGAUAAAAGACCCGUGACAGACAACCCAGGAGUAUGGAAAGGGGUGCUGAAUACAGGGAAGACGGGACUCUUUAACCCUGCCAACACUGUCACUUACUUGGGCACGAACAUUCCUUCCAAUAAGUCAUCUUUCCAGAGAGGAGAUGGCAAAAACCCUUACUCUUCGCGACGCCGGCUGAGGCCAGAGAUGAUAUCUGGGCCUCAAGGAGAUUUCAAGCACACCGGACACGUAGGACUGGACGGGGCAUACUUUGGUGAUGUCUCCUUCCUCGGAGAUAAGUAUCAUCAGUUGCCGAAGCAGAUUGUAACCCCAUACAAGCCAUCGGAUGACCACGAUCAGUCUACGUCGCUGACCCGUGCAAGCUCCGACGUUUCAGACAGAGCGCCAUUACUAAAGAAGGUUGGCGACAAGGGUAAGUCUGGCCCGGCAGCUGAGCACAACUGGUCGGACACAGCCAGUGAGGACCAGCCAGACAGUCCAGCUCGCACACGGCAGUCAGACCAUGAGUACCACGAGAUCUCUGACGAGGAUGAGCCUUUGCCCAAAGUGGAGGUAGGGAAGCCGUUCCGGAGCAGCUCCUUCGACUUGGGCCCAAGCCUGAUGGACGAGGUAUUCAAGGCCCUUGGUGGCUCUGCAUCCUCUGGCCCCUCUUCUCUGGAUGCCCCCGGCUCACUCCCCCCCCUGACACCCACACAGCAGUCACAGGCUCUUCUAGAGGACAACGAGAACCAUAAUGUUAAGAAUGAAAUCAAGGAGAUGACUACUAAGUUCUCGAACAAGGAAUGCUCCAAAAAGAAGCAGGCUAUGGUGAAGCCAAUCUCGGCUGCAGAUCAGCGUACCUUAGACUCUGCAAUAGCCAUGGCUAAUGCACUUGCCUCCAAAAGUAUACUGGAAUUAGACCGUAAUUUGGAAAGUUCGGCGGACUCUGACGGUGUCCCGGACUCCCCCAUCACCCCGUCAUCUCCCAGUAAACAGGGAGGGUCUCGCUUUUCCUUCAAAUUCCAUUGCAAGGGAAGUCCAAAGCCAGAGAGACGUCACUUUAGUGCUGAAGCUGCAUCUAUACCAGAUAUUCAGUCAAGUAUAUCAGAGGAGGCCAAAGAAGUGUACAACUCUCUGGUGGAGCGACCAGGCCUGGACUGUGAGCCCUUGGCCUUUCGCAGUGAGCCAGAGCCACCUGUGUGUGAGCCAGAGCCUGCGGAACACAACCCACUGAGGAUGCUUCGAGCCGGGGUCACUGUCAGGCCCAAGAUUAGGGGCAACAAACACAACUUUACCUCAGGCUCCAGCACAAUAGAGAGAAGUCACGGGAUGAAGUCUGGAGGGGUUCGGGAAGGGUUAACGACCACGGCAAAUAAUAAUUUUGACCUUGGAACACACCAGACAUUGCCCAAAGGUUUUAAGCAUAAUAAAGUCCCACCUCCAGUAAAACCAAAACCUUCUCCCUUAGUCAUACCUAACUCUGCCUAUAACGCUAAUAAUGAAUUCGGGGAAGUCAGCACGACACCGGAAAGCACAAGCACUGACGGUAGCAAUCAAGACUCAGUAAAUCCUCUCCCACUCCCCCCUCGAGAUCGAACAAGACAAGCUGCACCCCUUACUAAACCCCGCCACCAGAGAAAACACCCACUCAUCAUCCCCGGUGGCGUGACCAACUCUCUGCUCCGGGGGGGAGGUCACGUGCCAGCGUUAGCGAGCGUGAGUGACAAAAGUGAGCACACCGGCGGUCGGUUGGUCAUCCAGCAUACCCAUAAUCCCUUGCUGGAGACUCAUGGCACAGCUGCGGCAACUACGUCACCAGCUGAUGGAUUUACUAGCGAUGAGGCUACAAGCCCUUCUGGUCCUAGACUACCACCAGCCAAACCUCCUAGAUUAUUUACAAGUACGAGUGCCCUGGAUGACAGCUUUGAGAGUCAAGUGGCCAGUGAGAUGGAUGCCUUGGAUGACAUUCAGGAGGAAGAGCAAAGUCUCUCUCCUGUAGGUCCUCUACCUCCUCCCUUUCCUAACUCAGAUGCCUUCACUAACUCUUCUGACCCUCAUGUAACCACUAAUGGCUUUGGGGAGGGACCAGGAGGCGGCAGUGGGUCCCUUUACCAGUCUGGGGAUCAUGUGUCUUGUGAAGACCUGCUGGACUUUGCCAUGGACCGACCCAACUCGAGGCGGACACAGGGACCCGCCCGAGGCACUCAGUCAGACGAAGUCCACAUCAUGCAGAAAGUUCUCAAGAAUGAGCAAGUUUCACCUGAAGAAUGUGUUGUGGCCCUGAAUGAAUGUGAGUGGGAUGUGCAUCGUGCCCUAAAGCUGGUACAUCUCCAGCUUCUCUUGAUUGUUCACCGGGUGCCCAUAGAAGUAGCUCGCCAUACGCUGGCCUCCUUCUCUUGGGACGUGAGCAAAGCUGCCUCCUACCUGAUGGCCACGAGAGGAAGUGAUGAGGACACGGCACAAGUCUGAUCUGCUGUGUCUCUAGUGAAAGUUAGCCCGGUGUAAUGAUGACGGUUUCAUUCUUUUAUUUUUUUUUUGUUUUGUUUUAUUUUUUUUUGUUAUAUAUUCAUUUGUCUUUUCAUUUAAGGGGAGUUGUCUUUUCCUUAAGGAAAAUGCUUACUCAAUUUGUGCAUUCAGUAAUGUGUAUUACUGAAAAAUGUUAGAAGACUGAUGUGAUGAAAGAGCAACAAAAAUGUCAAACUCAAGACAGCAAUGGAGCAAUGUCAUAAACUAAUUGCCUGUCAUAGAAUGCUUGGACAACCUUUUCUGUGGCAGCAGUUUACUAACUCAUGUAUUUAGUAUUGUUUUUUCCUGUUGCAGUAUCAUUACUCUUCUUGAAUCUUGGAUGUUGAAAAUUGAAUUGUUGAUAUUUUAUUGUCUAGUUAAUAUUCUGGAGACAUACCCUUAAGGUAUAAAACCAUUUCCUUUUUAAUUUUUUCCAGAUGGAUACUGAUUAAUGUGUCUAUAAUGUAUAAAAAGUUACCAGACUCAGACUGAGAACAUGACGUCCGUACUUAGAUUUUAUGCCAAGUAAAUUUAAUCAGCCGUCCUUCAUGCCUACUUAAAUUGCCUCCAGUUUAAGCAGGUGAUGAAUUUAUGCAGUUUGUAAUUAGCAUUAGAGAAAAGAUAAAUUAUUUAUGACAUCCAACUCUUCUUCUCUGUUUUCAUUUAUCUCUUCCCAUAAAGCCUGACUCUCCAAAAGCCUAAGAUAAUUCUCAUUUCAUUAAUAUUAAGGUAGAUUUCUGCUCUUCGGUAGAUGUUCUAUUUUCUGAUACUGUGGAAUAACAAAUGCUCCUUUUCUGUUCAUAUUUAUCAGUAAUAAAAGUUUCUAAGGGUUUGUAAUUCUUAGGGCAGCUGAUGACUGUUAUUUGAUGGAUAAAUAAAAUAAAUACUAUAAUAUCCGUAACCAUGAGAAUGAGUUUUGGUCAAGUUUGAUAUUCCUAUUCAAGUAUGAUGUUGUUUCUUUAUUAUUUAAUGCUUAAUGAUACAGGGAAGCUAAUGUAUUUGAGGAAGUUGUAUUAUGCUGCUCUUUAUGAUAAAGGACAGAAAAUAUUUGCUCUUUUUGGAUUUAGUUUUGACUCUUGAAGUUUAUAGGUAUUUUUUUUUAUAAAGGCAUUUCAUAUCUUUAUUCAUUCCACUAUUGAGAAUAUGUACAACUACAUAAUCAUAUUGUAUUUUUUUUUUAUUAUUAUUAUUAU